CUGGCGCGCUCGCUCCUCACGCCGGGUCAAAAACGCCACGGUCCCUAAACUGUGGAAUCGGCUUGCACAAGAAGCAGGCGCCGCGUGCCUCAGGCGCCAUUGACGGACUUCUCGACCACAUCGGUUCGACUGUCGCGGGACAAACGCCGCUCGCGGAGGCUGGGUUGGUGGAGGUCCGAGCAGCACCAUCUCCACCACCACCACCUCCACCACCACCACCAACGCCUCCACCACCAACGCCUCCACCACCAACGCCGCCACCACCACCACCACCACCACCUCUCUCCCCCACUGAAGCCGAUGUCGCCGUAGCAACGGCUGCCAUGGAGACACGAGCCGGCCCUUGUGAAGCGGAGACCCCGACCAAGAAGAAGCGCUUCCUCUCGUUCAAGCGCCUCUUCCGAGGGAGCGGUGCCUCCCGGGACGAUGCCUCCCACGAUGAGGCCGCGGCGCCGGCGUCCUCCUCCUCGUCAUCCGCCGUGGCGUCUCAGCUCCGCCGGCUCAAGAAGAAGCACAGGGCGGGUGACGCGGCGCUACCGCCGCGGUCGGCCUCCGCCUCUGCGGCCGCCGGAGACGCGAGGCUCCGUCCGAGCCAUUCGGCGGGCGACGUGAGCCACGCCGAGGUCCAGGAGCCCGGCUCGCCCGGCUCCGGAGACGCUUCGCACGUGGGGUCUCCGAGUUUGGGCAGCCGCGCUCUGUCUCACGACAGCGUCUUCUUCUUCUUCGCAGACGCUUCUCCCGGCGGCAACCAGGACGGCGUCUACACUGGCUCGAGGACCACAGAGACUCCGCGCGUGGGCGGCCAGGGCGUCGCCCCCCCCGCGGCGUCGGCUCUGGCCCACCUCCUGCUGGACAGCAGCGCCGCGCGCCACAAGAUGGCCGUGCGUCCACGCAACCAGAGGGCGUCCUCCAAGCACCGCGUGGCUGCACGGAAUUUGCCCAAGAGCUCCGAUCGAGGCUUCAGCGAGAUGGAGGAUGAGGAGGUGUUCCAGCUGGUCAGCACUCCCGUGAUGAGACCCACGGAUUCCAAGGCCACGUCGGCAGCCUUCGCCCAGAGAGUUGGCCGGGGUCUGGCAGCGACAUCCCUCCCCACCGCCACGCCACCGCUGGACGUGGGCGGGGAAGCGGCGGCCGCGUCGCUUGCGUUGAGCCACGCGCCUUCGGACAAACCCGCCGCGGCCCCCGCUGCUGCCUCCUCGGGACCCUCCAACCUGCGAGAGGCGUCAGCGGCAGAAGCAGCUGUGGCGGUGGUUUACGACGAGGUGAAGCUGGUGCCAGUGUCCCGUGUGGACGUACCGCACACGGCCAUCUUGGUGACGGACUCGCAGCUGAGGAGCGAGAGGGAGGCGGCGGAGGCCUCUGUCCGGCAACAGGAGGAGAGGAGAGGGCGCGGCGGCGGUGGUGGUGGCAGCGGUGGUGGUGGCCAUGCGGGUGGUGGUCAUGGGGGUGGUGGUCAUGGAGAUGGUCAUAUUAGUGACGUUGGAGGUGGUGGCAGUGCUGGUGGUGCUGGCGGUGGUGGCAACGGUGAGGUGAGACGAGGCAUCGGCAAAGAGCAGGAGGCGAGGAGAGUGAAACUGUCGACUCCGGGAGGAGACAUUGUUCCCAGUAAGUUUGACGGCCGCCGCCCCCCCGCCGCCGCCGUCACCGCCGCUCCGAGCGCACGCACGCCGAGGAGCGCGAGACGGCAGGAGCACGAGACGACGACGAUGAGGAGGAACGACGCUGUGGUGACGUUCACGGGCAGCGGCCACACCAUCGUCACGACGCCCGGGGGCCUCACCGUGAUCCCCACGGGCCGCACCGCCGCCGCCAUCGUCAAGAGCAGCAGCGAGGAGAACCUCCACAGGGGCCUCCGCUUCUCCCUGGCGGCCACGCCGCCGUCCGACUCCCCGAUCCUACGGCACCCUCCGCUGCGCAAGGCCACCUCGGUGGGCGCCAAGUUCUCGGUCGCGUCGGCCUGGGACCGAUCGUGGAGUUUGGAUUUCGGAGCAGAUGCCGGAGAGUCGCCGUGGGCGGGCAGCGACAAAUCGCCGCCCUCGGGCGUGGAGGCGGCUCCCGGUGGAUCACGGCUGUCGGCUGGUGCCGGCGGGGUGCCGUCCUCGAGCACGGAUGUCGGCGAGGCGCGGGCGGGUAACGACAAGUCACCGGCCUCGGAUCCACGCGUGGCUACCGUUGAGUCUCCGUCACCGAGUGGCGUUUGGUCAUCGUUCUCAGAUUUUGAUGCCGACGCUGGAAAGUCGCCAUCGUCGUGGGCGCCCGCGAGGAAGUCCGAGGCGGUGGCGCCGACAAUGGUCGUCGCUCGAACGCCACGGGCCGGCAAGGACAAGCGCGCCACCUGGCCCAAAUCAGACGCCAGCUUUGCCGCGGCCGCCGGAAGCGUCGGGCGGCAGGAGUCGGGGAAGACGAGGGCGGGGGAAUCUCAGUCGACGGUGGGAGAGGGGCAGAAGCGCCGGUGCGAGUUUGGGAACGUGCAGAUUGUCGAGUUUGGGGGGACGGAGGGCGACGCGAACGGCGGGCGGACAACGACGACUUCCGUUGCCUUCGCCAAGCCGGGCGACGACGAUGGCGAGGAGGAGGAGGAGGGGGCAGCGGCGGUUGUGACGGCCGGAACAGCGGGAGAGGGGGCGUCACCGUUCGGUGUGCGCCUGCGCCGCACGUCCUACUCGCUCAAGUUCAAUCAGGACCGCGUGGCGGAGGAGAGGAGGGUGCGCAAGCGGCACAGCACCGGCGGCGAGCAGCUCAGCGUGGCGGUGGUGGCGAAGGACGGCACGGAGGCCGCUCGGAAGGGCGGACCGCGUGUGGUGGGAAAUUCGCCAACCGCGAGGACGCCGGGGAAAUCCACGGUGCCCUCGGCCGGACGCGAUGGGGUUCCGCUCACCGACAAGACCAGAGCGGCCGGGGGCGUGGCCAGAGCCGGGCUCGGCACCGUGGACAGGUCCCCGAAGGCCGGCGCGCUUCCUGCCCGCGAGGCCAUGACUCUGUCACCGCCGUCACCGUCGUCACCGCCGCCACCGGAGCAGGAGGAGGAACGAGGGGUACAGCCCGUGGCGGCUUUGGUGGUGGCAAAGGCGAAGGCCGCCUCGCCGGAUUUUUCGGCGAUCGCUGAGAAAGCCGUGGGGGGCACGGCGAGGCGGGGCGAGGGGAGGGGGGCGCGAGGGGGGCCCGCAGAGAGCGCGGCGGCGGCAGGCGGCGGCGAGCACAAGUUGGACUCCCGCACGGGGAGUGCCGUUGCGGUUCCCGCUCCGGACCCCGCUGCCGCCGCUCCAUCCACGCCCCUCCACAUCCCUGCGCAGGAACCCACGUGGAUCACGCUCGCCCGGCGCAAACAGCGCGGCUUCGCCGAGCACCGCGACCAACAGCAGCCUCAGCAACAGCAGCAGAAUCAGCAGCGGCAACAACAACAGCAGCAAAAUCAGCAACAGCAGCGGCAACAGCAGCAGCGGAAUCAACAACAGCAGCGGCAGAAUCAGCAACAGCAGCAGCAGAAUCAGCAGCUGCAACGGCAACAGCAUCGGCAGCAGAAUCCGCAGCUGCAGCGGCAACAGCAGCAGCAACAACAGCAGCAGCAACAACAGCAGCAGCAGCAGCGGCAGCGCAGGGUAGGGCAAGAGCCGAUGUCGGCGGCCGAUGGAGGAGUGGAGUGGCGUCGGGCGCCGCCCGCUCAUGCUUUCCUCGGCUCCCAGUCGAGGCCGAGCGGGGCAGCAGCAGCAGCUCGCGGCGGUGGCCACCGGCGGCCGGCGGCGCCCUCCGGAACAGAGCGGUCGCCAGCGCCCAACGCUGCUGCUUCCGCUUCUCCUGCGGCACUAGCAGUGGUCGCUGGCGCCGCUAGCGCCGAGCCCACGUGGCUGGCGCUCGCCAAGAAGAAAGCUCAGGCCUGGAGCGACAGGCCUCAGGUGCUGACCUGAGUGGCUGACUUUACGAUCGCGAGUGUUUUUUUUUGUAGUUUUUAUCGAUGGUUUUUACCGUGAACGGUUUUUCUUUUUAAAUGACGAUCGGGUGAAGAGGAAGAUGAAAAGGGGGAGGUGGAGGAGGAGGCGGUGGAGAUGGCUGGCUCUGCGCGGUGGAUUUAGCAACAUGGCGAAAACAAACGCAAUACUGCCCCGGAAAGGUAUGGUUGCCACCUCUGAGGUGGACGAACCCGGGACGUCUCGCGGGGCGAAUAAGGAGAGUAUUUGGCGACAGCGGGAGGGGAGAACUGCAUGUACAACUGGAGUGGGGCAUUUUUACUCAACUCACACAAAGCAACGUGGGAACUUGAAUUGUCCCUGGGAAGACGUCCAGAUUUCUCCGGCCCGCUAUCUCAACGCGAGGGGGGGGGGGGGUGCGGACAUUCCCGGAUAAACAGGAACAGGUGGCAGCACCACGGCUGAAGACGUGAUGCACAUCGGGCAAAGCCACCGAUUGCAGGGCCCCACACUCUUCACAGCUCGGCCCCUGCGGCCUAUCGACUCCCGCCUGACUGACCCAGGGCCGACCAACCCUGGUCCGUGCAGCGACGCGGUGAUUCCAUAAUCUUAAAAUCCGUUCGGUUUGUGUUGUUUUUAUUUUUGAACGCUCGCAUGCAUGCGUACGACCGCGCGGGGGGGGCAAUGUAUUUGCAUAGCUGUCAACCCGUACAGUGUCAGGUCCAUACGGCAUACAGCCACUUCAAUACGGGCAACAAAAACAUCGUCCAUUUGUGUUUCUCCCUUGGAUAACCGUUGAGAUCUAUAAGGGUACUGAGUGACCAAUAAGGUCUGAAUUGGUCUGUAAUAAGGUAGGGCACUGAUAAAGGGUUGACAGGUAUGCACUUGUGUUCGAUUCGCGGUGUAUGCUGUGGGUCAACGUGAACCCUCUCCCUCCAGCCGCUAGAGGCGCUACAUCCAACGCGGCGUUUAAAAUAAUGUAAAUUGUGAAUCAAAUCGCGAACCCCCCUGGCAUUGCGGUCACCUCGUGUUUAUAGCCCUCAGUGCUGCACUCGGCUUUGGAGUACUAGAAAAUAUUGGGAAGGUAUCUCUUGUUGUGCGAUCAGUGAUGACUGCCUAGAGACCAUCAGCCCCACUACAUUUGAGAACCAGUUUAAUUACACUUCACUCUGCAAGUCGCUUGGUAACCAGGCUGAGACUAUCAUCAACUCUCUCUUGAGCACUGGCGGAACCAGUGGGGGGGGGGGGGGGGGGUGGCACGGAUCAUUGGGGUUUAUUAGUAACUAGCUUUACUACCCGGCUUCGCCCGGGACUUAAAUUCACCAUGGCUGGCUGCCUUUGUCUCCCCAGUGACGAUGUUCACACAUCACAGCAGUUACUCGUUUGAGGCUGAGUCGACCUAGGGGAGGCCCAGGACCGGUUCAAAUAAUCGUGACCGGUGGUGGCCGUGAGUGGGAAUCGAACUCGGGUCGCUGGGUUUGUAGCGCAGCGCACGAAUCGCUACGCAGUCGCUGCCCCCCCACCCACCCACAGGAUACAGACAAAGAUCCCCCGUGUAGCCUGUGAGACUGUAGGGGCAAGUGCUGUUAGCGAGCACCCAUGAAGGCCGGCACGGCCCACGAGGGGGUGGGUAGCCAGCACCACGCCCGGCCGCCUUUGUCUCCCCAGUGGCGAUGUUCACACAUCACAGCAGUUACUCGUUUGAGGCUGAGUCGACCUAGGGGAGGCCCAGGAGGACCGGUAAAAAUAAUCGUCACCGGUGGUGGCCGUGAGCGGGAAUCGAACUCGGGUUGCCGGGUUCGUUGUGCGCCGCGCUAACCACGACACUACAAUGCGUUACGCUUCCUCAUGCGCGGGUCACAUGACAGAUUUGACGUCACAGCUCACUUGCCGUGCAAAAAAAUUCUGCAUUAUUGAGCUCUCCCCCCCCCCCCCCCAAAAAAAGUGUAUUUUUAUAAUUUGUGCAUGGUGUACAGUCUGGAAAGUACCCACAUGGCAAAUUUCAAGUUUGUUGCAUGUCGGGAAGUAUGCUAAACAUUUUGAACAGACACACAUAAUCACAACUUUGCCUGAUAUAUGGAGAUAAAUCGGCAUUUUGCGACCCCCACUGCCACUGUGUAGCAUAUUAUUACGUGCUAGGGACUCUGAGAUGAUAGGACAAUAGUCUGCGUCCAUAAUUGGCAAUAAGUAACGGCAAAGCAGUUAUAAGUGACUCAGAAUUGUCUGCAGUUGCGUAUACAGUACACGACUUCCCUAAAGGCAAAACACCUUCAGCGAGCGCAAUGCCGAUCACACGCGGUUCGAAUUCGACCCUCGAUCGAUGGCUGCGCCAUCAUUUUUCAUUGCUGGAGGGGUUGCCCCCCUACCUGAAAAUCCUGGCUCCACCAUUGCUCUUGAGAACCCGGUUUAAUCAUAGUUGAGUCUACGUGAUGAUCUGCGCGAGUCUAUGGACCUCUGCGUGAGUGUAUGGGUUUCUGCGUGAGUCUAUGGAUUUCUGCGUGAGACUAUGGCUCUGUGCGACUCUAUGAGUCUCUAUGCAAGUGACUGGUGAUUGGGCUAAGACCAUCAACCCCCUCUGCACUGGAAACCCCGGCGUAAUUGGUGUGCUUUGGCAGCUGAAACCCGCAUGGGAAUGCUGGGUCUCAGCGUUUUCGGUUUCUCUGACUCGGCUAUUGUGGACUCCUUGAGCUACCGUUCUCCCAAUCGCCUAAAUGUCCAUCGCUUGUGAAGCCACCACGGACCUUCGGUCUGUCUGUACGCCUUCAGGGAGCUUCCUUUAUCACCGGCGCUAGCUGGGAUGUCGGUCAAAUCAUUGCCCGCUCUCGUAUUCUCCUGAUUAUAAGAUGCUCGUUGGUAUACUCUAUUUUUAUAUCUUUUAAUUUGGGGGUACAUCUUAUCAUCCUGAAAAUGCACCCUCUCUACUGGAAGAUGUGUUCUAGUCGAGUUGUUGAUUAAAAAUGUGGAGUGAAAAAAAACGGAAGACCUGGAGAAAAAUCCACGCGACCACCACGGAGAGAGCGAGAGAGAAGCAGACUCCAAAUAUACAGCAACAGCAGCAGGCAUCGUCUGGGUCGAAAUCGACCCCACGACCUUCUAUAUACCAGGCGAGGUAGUUAACAUCUCCUAGCCACCAUGGUGAUGGUGAUGAGAGAGAGAGACGCAGACUCCAAAUGUAUUGCAGCAGACAUUGUCAGGGGUCGUAAUCGACCCUACGACCUCCUGCAUACCAAGUGAGGUAGUUCACAUCUCCUAGCCACCAUGAUGAUGAUGAGAGAGACGCAGACUCCAAAUCUAGAGCAACAGGCAUCGUUAUGGUCGUGAUCGACCCCACGACCUCCUGUAUACCAGGCGAAGGAGUUAACAUCUCCUAGCCACCAUGGCAGUUUCCUCCGCUGCGAUUAGCGAACACACCCAGAGAGACAGCAGAGACUGGGCAUCAGCCGUCAGAAUGAUUUUCUGGUAAACAUCGCUAAAAAGUGAUUAUCUUCCGGAAGAUGUGGUCUUGUUGUUCAGAAUCGUCUUCUGCCGAUAUAAAACGCGUGUCUUUACCAAAGUGCAUCUUACUUUGGCGGAGCGCUGUAUUAACACGGAGAUGUACGCGCAUCAGGCACCACAGAAUAUUACGGAGAAACAAAAGCAUUUGUAAACCUUGUCUGUGGGAAUGUGUAUUUUUUUAAAUUCCUUAAACCAGAAGAAAAAAAAUGAGGGUCCUGCUUCGUUGGAAUAGACCGGUCAAUUAAUUUUUUUAAAUAUAUAUUUUUUACAUUUUGGAGGAAAUCCUACCUGCUGUGCUUCCUUCCGUAGAUGCCACCUUAAUCAAAAGGCCAACGCCGUCCAAAUGUUGGGGGCGGCAUUAUUUCUAUCAAUGGGCACUGGGACACAAUUGUAGAAAUUCCACAUUUGCUUCUGACUAGUCCGGUCUGUUCGUCUGUUUGACGGCCACUGUUGACUUUCCCACUGAAGUGGUAUGCAUUGUAUUGACCUUGUAGCGAUGAUGAUGAUGUUGGUUAUUAUAUUGCUUCAUUAUAGAUUUUCUUUUUUUAGAAUAAAUCAGAUGUCUGCCAACUGCCUGGUGCCGCUGCUUGUAGCUUUCGUUCCCAGGGCGGUGUUGGAGGCGCUAACGGUGGUGGCGGUGCUCACGCGGUGCCGACGAUCCGGCACUUUGUUUGCUCACCACGUAACAACUUUGUCAACUAGCCCUGUCGGGUGGAGGAGGGUUAACACGACACAAUAUUUUUACUUGCGUGACGCCCUCACCCCAAAACAAAAAUGAAUUCUGAAACUUUCUGUCGGCCACGAAAACCUGCGGCGUGUUAAACGCUGCUGCUGAUGAUGCUGAUGAUGAUGUUGUUGUUGUUGAUGUUGUUGUUGAUGUUGUUGAUAAUUAUACUUUCCCUACUUCACUCCUGAGUCGGCAUCGGAGAAGAGGAAAGAAAGAGCAACCAAGUUGUACACAAAGACAAAUAUCCCCCGUGUAGCCUGUAACAGACUGUAGGGCAAGUGCUGUUAGCGAGCACCUAUGAAGGCCGGAACGGCACACGAGGGGGUGGGUAGCCAACACCACGCCCGGCCGCCUUUGUCUCCCCAAUGGCAAUGUUUACACACCACACUAGGUACUCAUUUGAGGCUGAAGCGACCUAAGGGGAGGCCUAUACCCGGUUCAGAUAAUUGUUAUUCGUGUUGGCCGUGAGCAGAAAUCGAACUCGGGUCGCCGGGUUCGUAGCGCAUCGCGCUGACCGCUACAUCAACGCUCCCCGCCACCCUUACAUGCACAUACGCACGCAGCAAGGCACCUACAUCGUCUAGAACAGGGGUGGGCAAACUUUUUCACUCGCGGGCCACAAUGGGUUCUAAAAUUUGACAGAGGGGCUGGGCCAGGAACAGAUCGAUGGAGUGUUUGUGUGAACUAAUAUAAAUGACAUGUAAAAAUCAUUACAUGAAAGGAUUUGGCCUUUAACAGGUAGAAAAGCAUUUAUUUGCAAGGAAAUUUAACAAAUUGCACGAACAUGAACAAUACAAAAACAUGUCGUAACGUGACUGAUGAAACAUCAUGAAAACAUCUGAGGCCUGCGCCAAACCAAUUACCUCACUUGAACUUCUUUAUAAUCUACAUUAACAGGUGAGAGCAGACACGCAGGCUGUGUGUUGGAGAUUUGGCUCCAACCUCGCUGCAGCAACACAUCAUCACUUUCAGUUUCAGUGGGAACAGUGUUAUUGAUCUCCCAUUUUUGCCAGUGCAUCCAAGUCUGGAGUUAUUUUGGUUGUGGCAAUUCUCAGGAUAGAUCUGAGGUGCUGAUCCGUUAACUUUGAUCUGUGACGGGCUUUGUUGGCGUUCAUGAUGCUGAAUGUCUGGUCACACACAUAAGUCGAGCCAAACAAAGUCAGUAUCUUCUGUGCAGUCCUCCGGAGGUUUGGAAACGUGGCUCUGUUAAGUGAAGCAUAAAAGUCAUUCAGUUUAACAGAGUUGAACUUCUCCUUUAGGACGGAGUCAGACUGAAGUUCUAUCAGUUCCAACUGCAGCUCCUGUGGUGCUGUUUCAGGGUCUUGUGACAGGGGACAGGACACCGGCUGAAGUGACUGUUCAAUGUUUUCGAAAUCAGAGAACUUACGGCAGAAUUUUCCGUGCAGGUCCUCAAGCGAUUUGCUGUAUUUUUUUGCGUUUCGCGGUGCCUCUUCCUGCAUGGCAAGUGUGGGGAAAUGAGCGAAAGAUUUGUUCGCAAUUUGUUCCGGAGAACAUAGUGAGCUUGGAUUUGAAGGCUUUCACAUGUUUGUACAUGUCGUGAACAAACUGAUCUUUCCCCUGCAGUUUCACAUUCAGCUCAUUCAUGUGUGAAAAUAUGUCCACAGCAAACGCAAAAUCACUAAGCCAGUUCUUGUCGCUUAGUUCAGGGAAUUCGUCAAAUUCCCCAUCAACUCCAAAAAUGUGAUGAUGUCCUCUUUCAGCUCCCACACUCGUUGUAACACUUUACCCAAACUUAACCAGCGGACAUGAGAGUGGUACAGCAAGUCCUGAUGAUCCGCAUCAGUUUCCUCCAGGAACGUAAUAAACUGACGGUGCUGAAGUCCCCUUGCUCGUAUAAAGUUCACAAGUUUUACGACUGGAUUCACGACAUGAUUAAGCUGCAAUACAGACUUACACAGAGAUUCCUGAUGGAUGAUGCAGUGAAGGAAAAUAAGAUCCUGGACAGGGUUUUCCUCUUUCACUUUAUCCUGGAUUCUUUUCAGAAGCCCAACAUUUUUUCCAGUUAAAUUUGGCGAUCCAUCCGUUGUGACAUUGACAAGUUUACUCCGAGGUAGCGUCAUUCUUUCGAUGACAGCAGAUACCUGGUUAUACAAGUCCUCUUCCCGCGUUGUUCCUUUCAGGGACUCCAUGGUCAAAAACUCCUCUGUUAUCGCAAAACUGUCGUCAAUGCCUCGGAUAAAGGAAUCAGACUUUUUGUUUAAUUGACUGGCUAUAUUUUUGAUCAAUCAGUUCCACACGGCGAGUCACAGUCUUGCGUGAUAAACUGACUUUUUCAAAUUUGCUUUUGAUCUCCGGACACAAGAUGUCUGCUGUUUGUACCAUGUAUUCUUUUACAAACUUGCCUUCGGAGAAAGUGGUAAUGAGUGGUAAUGUUGGUGAGAAGAAGUUUUUAAAGAAAAUUUAAAUCGAAGUGAAGAAGGAAAUUAUUGAAAAGUUUGUAUAAUUAAUGAUUUUUCAAACUUUAAUUAUGUUUUCUGUGCUUAAAAGUCGUUAAAAAAACUGUGGGGUCUAGAACGGACUCGUGAAAUUCGGAAAGAACUCGGAGUUAAGUUUUGUUUGUUUUGUUGAAUUACACAGUCUAAUGGGGGAAUGGGGGCAUUACAGGAGGGAGGUAAUAAUAAUAUUUGGACAAGUUUGGCGGGCCGGAUUAAAAAGCCCAACGGGCCGUACUUUGCCCA